AUGGAGAUACAAAAUCCUUUUCAAAUAUCAUGGGAUAAUAUUCCAUUUAAUACCUUUCAUGAUUUCUUUUUUUCAUCUAUUAAUAAAUAUAGUGGGUCGCUUGCAAUGAUUGACCAUGAAAGUGGUAAACAAUGGAGAUAUUCAGAAAUAAAAGAUUGGACUGAAAAGUGCAUUCGUCGUCUUAAAGAAAUUGGUGUUGGAACAUUAUCAAGAGUUGCAUUAAUAACAACCACAACAGUUGAAGUAAUUUUUAUUCAUUUAGCUUGUUCAAUGAUUGGUGCUACAGUAGUUGCAAUAAAUGGUCAUGCUUCUGUUGAUGAUAUAUGGUCUUAUAUUGAUGUAUCUGAAUCAACACAUGCCAUCUGUGAAACAUCACUUCUUUCAAAAGUUGAAGAUGUUCGUAAAAAAGCAUUAUUAAGAGGAAUGGGAAGAAUAAAAAUUACUACAACAAUGGAUGAAAUACUUUAUAAUCAUAAUAUUGAAAUAACUAAAAAACCUCUUCUUAAACAAUCACAAAGAAGUAUAAGUUCAAAUACAAUAGAAUUACAAAUAGAUUCAAAUGUAUCAAAAGAUGAAGAAAUUAUAAAAGAGUCAAUAAAUAAUAUAUCUUUAAAUAAUAAAAUAUCACUACCAACACCUUUUUUAAUGGUAUUUUCAUCUGGAUCUGUUGGAAUGCCAAAACCAAUUAUAUAUCACCAUCAAUCAUUAAUUAUAAAUUUACUUCAAUUAUGCAAUCCAUUAUUUAAUUAUCCAACACAAAAAGACAACUUUCUACUUCCAUUAAAUAUACAUCAUUUAUUUGGUAUCUUAUCUGCUUAUUAUGCUUUAUAUUGUGGCUCAACAUUAGUCUGUAUACCAAAAUUUACAUUGCAAACUUUUUACAAUGCUAUUGAUAAACAUAAAAUUACUAUUAUUCAUCUUACACCAUAUAUCUUAUAUAACUUAGCAACUGAUACCAGUUUAGAAACUAUUGAUUUUUCCUCAGUAAAAACAAUUAAUAUUUCUGGAGCACCAUUAGAUAUACAAAUGGCCAGAAAAGUAAAGUCAAUAACAAAGGUAAAUGAUAUGAGACAAGCAUAUGGAAUGACAGAGUUAGGAGGUUUAUGUACAUGGUCAUAUAUAAAUAAUGAUAAAAUUGAAAGUGUUGGUGUACCACUUCCUGGUAUGUUAAUAAAAAUUGUUAAUUUAGAGACAAAAACUAUGUGUUAUCCAAGACAACAAGGUCAUCUUUUAGUUGCUGGACCACAAAUAUUUCCAUCAUAUUAUAAAAAUUUAAAAGCAACUAAUGAAUUAAUAGAUUCUGGUGGAUUUUAUAAAACUGGAGAUUUAGCAUGGUUUGAUGAAGAUGGUUAUAUUUAUAUUGUUGAUAGAAUUAAAGAUAUAAUCAAAUGUAAAAAUACUAUAUUAUGUCCUUCUGAAAUUGAAAGUAUAAUAAGAGAACAUCCUGCAAUUGAUGAUUGUGCUGUUGUUGGAAGACCUGAUCAUGUAUCUGGUGAAUGUCCAGCUGCUUUUGUCGUAAAAAAUCCUGCUUAUCCAUUAUUGUCAACAGCUGAAGUAAGACAACAUGUUGCUAGUCAAAUUGCUACAUUUAAAGAAUUAAGAGGUGGUGUAUUUUUUAUAUCUGAAAUUCCACGUAGUUUAUGUGGUAAAGUUAUAAGAAGACAAUUAAAAGGAUUUUGGGAUCGUGAAAGACAAACUGGUGGUGGAAAAGAUAAUAAUACAAAUUCAAUACCAGGAAUAAAUAAUAAUAAACCUACUCUUACAAAAAGAUUAUCUGUUGGUUCAUUUACAUCUGUCAAGCAACAAAAUAAUGUUCAAAGAAAACAAUCAGAAAGUAAAGUACCAUCAAAAAAUUUAUUAAAAGAACUACCAAAAGUUAAUAAUAAAAUUCCUUUAAAAAAUAUACCAAAAAAUAAAACAUUAAUAAAAGAAGAUAAAAAAGGAAUGAAUAAUGUUUUAAAAAAAUAA